UGGAAUGGUGAUAUGAAUAUUUGUUUUGUAGAUGAGGGAUCUGAAAGCAAUUGGAAUCAAAUUUUGGCAUGUACUUUAUCCUAAGCAGAGUAAAGCAUUGCUUAAAGAAUGGGAUCUCUGGGGACCAUUAAUUUUGUGUGUGUUCAUGGCAAUAAUGUUACAAGGGUCUUCCUCGGAGAGCAGUAAGAAAAGUAAGGACACAGAGGGAGACGGGGGGCCUCAGUUUGCCGAAGUUUUUGUCAUCUUCUGGGUGGGAGCAGUGGUGGUUACUCUCAAUACAAAAUUACUUGGAGGGAACAUCUCAUUUUUCCAGAGUAUCUGUGUGCUUGGUUACUGUGUGUGCCCGCUGACUGUUGCUCUCAUUGUGUGUAGAAUUAUCCUUCUGGCAUCACAGUCUACAGUCUUAUUCAUUGUCAGAUUUGUGGUGGUGGUAGCAGCAUUUGCAUGGUCUACAUUUGCAUCAACAGCUUUUCUUGCAGACAGCCAACCAGCACAUCGAAAAGCCCUUGCUAUGUAUCCUAUAUUUCUGUUUUAUUUUGUGAUCAGUUGGUUAAUAAUUUCUCAUACACAUACAUCUUAGCAAAGAAAGAACUGAAAUCCAUGUCACCUUUAACAAAUGCAUUGUAAAUACUUGUAAUAUUUAUGAGAUUCUUGUUUUGUAUACAUGUGUAUAUGUAUUUUGUUUUAUUUUUUU